GCGCGGCGCGGCGCGGUGCGGUGCUCGCGGCUGCUGCCUGGGAGGGAGGCCGGGCAGGCGGCGGAUCGGCGCGGCUCUCAACCUGACGGGGAAGUGGCUCUGGCGGACACGGCUAAGUGUCCCGGGGCGGACAGACGGGCCGACGGACGGGAGGACGACUGAGGCGGGGGCUGGGAGUCGAGCCAGGCGACCUGAAGCACGAGUGGGUCAGGCUCAGCGUCGGCCACUCUGCCGGUCCGCUGAAUGAAGUGCCCGCCCCGCUGAGCCCCGAGCGCGGCGCUUUCCCCGCAAAAUGGACGGUUUCGCCGGCAGCCUCGAUGAUAGUAUAUCUGCUGCAAGUACUUCUGAUGUUCAAGAUCGCCUCUCAGCUCUUGAGUUACGAGUUCAACAACAAGAGGAUGAAAUCACUGUACUAAAGGCAGCUUUGGCUGAUGUUUUGAGGCGUCUUGCAAUCUCAGAAGAUCAUGUCGCCUCAGUGAAGAAAUCAGUCCCAAAUAAAGGCCAACCAGGCAUUCGAGAAGCUAUUUCCAUGUCCUGUAUAACCAAUGGAAGUGGUGCGAACAGAAAACCAAGUCAUACCACAUCUGUCUCAAUUGCAAGAAAAGAAACUCUUUCAUCUGCUGCUAAAAGUGGUACAGAAAAAAAGAAAGAAAAACCACAAGGACAGAGAGAAAAAAGAGAGGAAUCUCAUUCUAAUGAUCAAAGUCCACAAAUUCGAGCAUCACCUUCUCCCCAGCCCUCUUCACAGCCUCUCCAAAUACACAGACAAACUCAAGAAAGCAAGAAUUCUACUCCCACCAAAAGCAUAAAACGACCAACGGCUGAAAAGUCACAUAAUUCAUGGGAAAAUUCAGAUGAUAGUCGUAAUAAAUUAUUGAAAGCAGUUUCAACAUCAAAAUUAAUAUCAAGAGUUAUAAAAAAUACAGACAAGCAUAAAGAUGUCAUCAUCAAUCAAGCAAAAAUGUCAACCCGUGAAAAAAACAGCCAAGAAGGAGAAUAUGUUAAAAUGUUUAUGCGAGGUCGGCCAAUUACAAUGUUUAUUCCUUCUGAUGUUGACAACUAUGAUGACAUCAGAACAGAACUGCCUCCUGAGAAGCUCAAACUGGAGUGGGCAUAUGGUUAUCGAGGAAAGGACUGCCGAGCUAAUGUUUACCUUCUUCCUACUGGGGAAAUAGUUUAUUUCAUAGCAUCAGUAGUAGUACUGUUUAAUUAUGAGGAGAGAACUCAACGACACUACCUGGGUCAUACAGACUGUGUGAAAUGCCUUGCUGUACAUCCUGACAAAAUUAGGAUUGCAACUGGACAGAUAGCUGGAGUGGAUAAAGAUGGAAGGCCUCUGCAACCCCAUGUCAGAGUGUGGGAUUCAGUUAGUCUAGCCACACUGCAAAUUAUUGGACUUGGAACUUUCGAGCGUGGAGUAGGAUGCCUUGAUUUUUCAAAAGCAGAUUCAGGUGUUCAUUUGUGUGUUAUCGAUGACUCCAAUGAGCAUAUGCUUACUGUGUGGGAUUGGCAGAAAAAAUCAAAAGGUGCAGAAAUAAAGACAACAAAUGAAGUUGUUUUGGCUGUGGAGUUCCAUCCAACAGAUGCAAAUAUCAUAAUAACAUGUGGUAAAUCUCAUAUUUUUUUCUGGACCUGGAGUGGUAAUUCACUAACAAGGAAACAGGGAAUUUUUGGGAAAUAUGAAAAACCGAAAUUUGUGCAGUGUUUAGCAUUUAUGGGGAAUGGAGAUGUUCUUACUGGAGACUCAGGUGGAGUCAUACUUAUAUGGAGUAAAACUACUGUAGAACCGACACCUGGGAAAGGGCCUAAAGGUGUUUAUCAGAUCAGCAAACAAAUCAAAGCUCAUGAUGGCAGUGUGUUCACACUUUGUCAGAUGAGAAAUGGGAUGUUAUUAACAGGAGGAGGAAAAGACAGAAAAGUAAUUCUGUGGGAUCAUGAUCUGAACCCUGAAAGAGAAAUUGAGGUUCCUGAUCAGUAUGGAACAAUCAGAGCUGUAGCGGAAGGAAAGGCAGAUCAAUUUUUAGUGGGCACAUCACGAAACUUUAUUUUACGGGGAACUUUUAAUGAUGGCUUCCAAAUAGAAGUACAGGGUCAUACAGAUGAGCUUUGGGGUCUUGCCACACAUCCCUUCAAAGAUUUGCUCUUGACAUGUGCUCAGGACAGACAAGUGUGCAUGUGGAACUCAGUGGAGCACAGGCUGGAAUGGACCAGGCUCGUAGAUGAACCAGGACACUGUGCAGAUUUUCAUCCAAGUGGCACAGUGGUGGCCAUAGGAACGCACUCAGGCAGGUGGUUUGUUCUGGAUGCAGAAACCAGAGAUCUAGUUUCUAUCCACACAGAUGGGAAUGAACAGCUCUCUGUGAUGCGCUACUCAGUAGAUGGCACCUUCUUGGCUGUAGGAUCUCACGACAACUUUAUUUACCUCUAUGUAGUCUCAGAAAAUGGAAGAAAAUAUAGCAGAUAUGGAAAGUGCACUGGACAUUCCAGUUAUAUCACACAUCUUGACUGGUCUCCAGAUAACAAGUAUAUAAUGUCUAACUCGGGAGACUACGAAAUAUUGUACUGGGACAUUCCAAGUGGCUGCAAACUAAUCAGGAAUCGAUCUGAUUGUAAGGACAUCGAUUGGACGACAUACACCUGUGUACUAGGCUUUCAAGUCUUUGGUGUCUGGCCAGAAGGAUCCGAUGGAACAGAUAUCAAUGCGCUAGUGCGAUCCCAUAAUAGGAAGGUGAUAGCUGUUGCUGAUGACUUUUGCAAAGUCCAUCUGUUUCAGUAUCCGUGCUCCAAAGCAAAGGCUCCGAGUCACAAGUACAGUGCCCACAGCAGCCAUGUCACCAAUGUCAGUUUUACUCAUAAUGACAGUCACCUGAUUUCAACUGGUGGAAAAGACAUGAGCAUUAUUCAGUGGAAACUUGUGGAAAAGUUAUCUUUGCCUCAAAACGAGAUUGUAGCAGAUACUAGUCUAACCAAAGCCCCCAUCUCUUCCAUUGAAAACGUCAUGCAAUCUAAUACGCCCACACCGCCUCCUUCUCAGCCAUUAAAUGAGACAGCUGAAGAAGAAAGCAGAAUAAGCAACUCUCCUACACUUCUGGAGAACAGCCUGGAACAGACUAUGGAGCCCAGCGAAGAUCACAGUGAGGAGCAGAGUGAAGGGGGCAGUGAAGACCUCGGUGAGCCUGUUUAUGAAGAGCCAUCCAGUGAGAUGAGGGAGGAGCAGAGUGAAACCACUCUUACCGAGGACCAGCAAGACCCUUCACCCCUAUCUUAACACCAGAACUUCAAUGCAUGUGGUCUUUUGAUAGAGUUCAGAUAACAGGAUGGGAAGUGACAAAGAAUCACUAUUGAUUCAAGAUUUCGGUUUCCAUGUGAUCUGUUUUCUUCAGCCUCUCAAAUGCAGUGGACCUAAAGGUUCAAUUUGGUGUGUGCUGAAGAUUAACCAAACUUAAUGUCUCAGAAAUUACUGUGUAUGUAAGUGGUAGGAUGUAAAUACUGGAAACAAAAACAGCAGCUGUAUUGAUUUAAAACAAACCCCUUGUUAUCUGAGUAUGUUUUCUUCAGGAACAACCAGAGGCAUCACACUUAUUCAUCUACUGGCUCAGAUUAUGCUACUCCUUUCCUGAUGCAGAAAAAGAAAUCAGAAAAAAAUAUAUAUAUUCUCUUACUGAGAUAGACUCUCACCCCAAACGUCUAGUGGAAAUUUUUUAGUUAAGAAAAAUUUCAGUAUUGCCACAGGCAGUGCAGUGUUGCCUCCUUGAAUAAUGCCAUUUUCCUACACUACCAGUAAAUGUCCAAAUGUGCUCGUUAGUCUACUAUAUAGGUGCUGCCUUUUUUAAGUCAUAAUGAGGAACAGUCUCUUAAAUUCUUGUGUGCAAAUCUAUUUUAUCUUAGAACUAAGAAAGCAGUGGUUUGUUAAAGAGCUUUUAAUGUAUAUUAAACCAUUGAUACUCAGAAAUAAUAGAUUCCUCCAAGGAUUCCUUUUCCAGUCUGAACAUUUUUAAAUGUUUGGCAUUCAAGUGAAUGGAAAGAAAAAAACCACAUGCCUAUAAAACUAAACUGAAAUAAUUACUUGGCUAAUUUUAGCUUAGCCUUCAAAAUAAUUUGUUCCCUCAAUAGAAAUAUAAAUACAGUAAGUUCAAACAAUGGAAUUGGUGCUUGAAGUUCAUUGGCUUAUUUGUAAUUUUUAUGUAUUAACUAUAUUGAGGGAUAAGAUACUCAUCAAAUUGCAAUUUCUUUUUUACAGAAGUGUGAACAGUCACUAAUUUUUAUCAAUUGCAUACUUAAUAGACUUGCUAUAUAUGGUAAUUUUUCUCUGGUGGAGUUGCUAUACGCCUUGCAGUUCUAAUGUGGCUAUCCUCUGCUAAUUUGGGCAAUGCAUGUAUUAUGCAUUGGAUAGUUUAAGUUUUGUCAGAUGACUGUUUCUUAAGUAUGUGUUUCCUACUUUUAAAAUGAUUACUGAUAAAUAUGCAUUUCCUAUAUGUUUGUUUAUACUUAGAUUAUAAAAAACUGUUUUAUUUUUUAA